CCAACGUAGAAGCUACGCCUCUAUGUUCAAACAUUGAAAAUUUUGCCUGAAUUCUCUUUUCUACACCCUCCACAAAACAAAUUAAUUGCCUGAGAGAAGAUAUCAAAGCCUUAGUUAGUCCCAAUCGAUUAUUUCAGACUAACAAUGUUGUUUAUAUUUUCUUGCAUCCUUCUGCACCUAGCUUUUCUAACCAUAGCUCAAACGGAUUUCUGUUCAAAUGAUGUAGGUAACUACACCACCAACAGCAGUUUCCAAAGAAACCUCAACAGUGUCCUGUCUUCCCUGGAUUCAAAUACUCAAAUUGACUACGGAUUUUACAAUCUAUCGGUUGGCCAACCUGGUCCUGACCAAGCAAAUGUAAUUGCACUUUGCAGAGGAGAUAUUGGAGUAGACGAAUGCCAGAAUUGUAUUAGAAAUUCUUCGGGUAAGAUCUUACAGGUCUGUCCAAACCAGAAAGAGGCAUUUGGAGUUGCUGAUACUUGUAUUCUACGAUACUCCAACAAAUCCAUAUUUGGUGUCAUGGAAGAAAAACCAGUAUCCAUUCUUGUGAACGUGGUCAAUGCUACAGAUGUGAAUCAGUUCAAUCAGGCUCUUCAAACGUUAAUGAGUAGACUUCGAAGCACAGCUGCUUCAGGGAACUCUCUCCGAAAGUUUGCGACAGGAAAUGAAACUGCCGGGUUUGACACCAUAUAUGGGCUUGUUCAAUGCACACCUGAUCUAUCUGAGCCGCAGUGUGAUGAGUGCAUCGCUGGGGCUAUUCGGGUGAUUGCAACAUGUUGUGAUGAUGGACAGCUUGUAGGAAGACAAGGAGCGAGAAUCACAAGACCAAGCUGCAAUCUCAGGUAUGAAGUCUACAGUUUCUUCGGAUUUACACCGGCCACACCACAGCUUCCAGCUUCGCCAUCGCCACAAGCACCAUCAGUUCCUCCUCCUCCACCACCAGCAGAAGGCAAGAAGAGGAACAAUGCACGAACUAUCAUUAUCAUAGUUGUUUCGACUGUUAGCGUUGUGAUACUUAUGAUCAGUUGCAUCUGCCUCUAUUUAAGAAUCCGGAAGCCGAAAGAAAAAGCUGAAACUGGGGAUGAAACGAUAACACCAGAAUCCUUGCAAUUCGACUUCAGUACUAUUAGAGCUGCAACAGAUAACUUUUCUGAGGAAAAUAAGCUUGGACAAGGUGGAUUUGGUUCUGUUUACAAGGGUACACUUUCUAAUGGACAAGAGGUAGCAGUCAAAAGACUUUCCAAGGAUUCUGGACAAGGAGAUUUAGAAUUUAAAAAUGAAGUCCUGUUGGUUGCCAAGCUACAACACCGGAAUUUAGUUAGACUUCAAGGAUUUUGCUUGCAAGGAAUCGAAAGGCUUCUUAUCUACGAGUUUGUGCCUAAUGCCAGCCUUGAUCACUUCGUAUUCAAUCAAGCGAGGCGAGCACAGCUGGACUGGGAAAGGCGUUACAAGAUCAUUGGAGGCAUCGCUCGUGGACUUCUUUACCUUCAUGAGGACUCUCGCCUUCGAAUCAUUCAUCGCGACCUCAAAGCUAGCAACAUUUUAUUGGAUGCAGACAUGAAUCCUAAAAUUUCCGAUUUUGGGAUGGCAAAAUUGUUCGUGAUGGAUGAAACUCAAGGCAAUACAAGUAGAAUCGUGGGGACAUAUGGCUACAUGGCUCCAGAGUAUGCGAUGCAUGGUCAAUUCUCAGUGAAAUCAGACGUGUUUAGUUUCGGUGUGCUAAUCUUGGAGAUUGUGAGUGGUCAGAAAAACAACUGUUUUCGUAAUGGUGAAACUGUAGAGGAUUUAUUGAGCUAUGCAUGGAGAAAUUGGAGGGAAGGCACAGGUCUGAAUGUUAUAGACCCUGCUUUGAGCACAGGUCCAAGAACUGAAAUGAUGAGAUGCAUCCAAAUUGGUUUACUCUGUGUUCAAGAAAAUAUAGCUGAUAGACCAACCAUGGCUUCGAUUGUUCUAAUGCUAAGCAGCUAUUCUCUUACUCUGCCAGUACCUUCUCAACCAGCAUUUUCUAUGAACAGUAGCACAUAUCAAUCAGACAUAUCAUCGUCAAUGGACUCCAAUUCAAGGGUGACUAAUUCCUCAGAGGCCAAAACUGAAGCUCUCCCAUUGUCAGCAAAUGAGGCAUCAAUUACUGAGUUAUACCCUCGUUAAUAAUGGUCCACGGAAGAUCACAACCAUAUGUUUAAGAAAUAGUGUUUUACACACACAUUCUUGUGAUGCCCGCGUCAUUCGUUAAGAACUCAAAUGUAGUUUUCACUUUCGGUAGAAUGAAUUUCUAUUUUUUUGUGGUUUUGACAUCAUGAAAUACUUAUAAGUUGGAUUUACAAUAUUCUUGUAAAGUGGUAACCUGUCUAAAGUUUAUUUGAACUCGAUACCUUUAUUGAUUCUUGUGUUCAA